UCACAAUUCCUAUUGGUACAUUGCAAGACUUAGAGCCUUGAAACCUCAGUUCUAUUUCGUGCUUUCAUGUGGCCUCAUUGAACCACGCCGGUAAGUGAGGUUAUAGUUUUCUUUUAGAGUACCUAAUUGGAGAGUGUUACUCAUUGUGCGUGAUGCUUUUUCGGCAUAUUUUGGAAUGAAAGAGGCUAAAAAUGUAAGACCAAAACAUCGAUAUCAUCAAUUUAGGAGUACGUGGACUCAUUGGAUUCGACACAGACCCGCCUAAAGUAUGCUCGAAUAUACUUAGCUCCUACUUAUUCCUCCGGUUUUGAUUCUCGGAGGUGUCAGGGAGUAAGGCGUCAAACCCGGCCAAAAUGCUGAAAUCCCUAUGGAUCCGAAACUUGAUUAGGUCAUUCGCUUUACCAUUCCCUGUGUUUUUCUCACUCCUUGAGUUAUGCUUUGCUGGGAGUCGAUCACCGUCUACGAUGCAACAACAAAUCACCAAACAUGGCAUCAUACCUGAUGUUAUUACUAUGCAGCCGAGGAAUCACAUUACGGUUGAAUACUCGAAAAAAGUUGUUGCAAAUUUCGGAAAUAAACUUAAAACUCCCGAUCUGAAGAAGAAACCUUGGUUACAGUGGUCGGCUGAUCCAGAAUUGUACUAUACUCUAAUAUUAACAGAUCCUGAUUCGCCUUCGAGGGCAGAACCUAAGAACAGGGAGUGGCUUCUUUGGCUUGUGGUAAAUAUUCCUGGAUUUGACGUCAAGUCCGGAGAUACUAUUGUCGACUAUAUGAGACCUGACGCCGGCAAAGGAACCGGUAGCCAUAGAUUUAUUUUUCUAACGUACCAACAACCAUCCGUAAUUUACAAUUUUAACGAAACAAAAGUAUCAUCAAGAGAGCACGAAGGCCGAGCGAACUUUUCAACUCAAAAAUUCUGUGACAAAUACAGACUGGGUAGUCCGUGGGCGUCAAAUUUUUUCCAUGCUGAGUGGUUUGACAAGGAAAAAGAUGCAAUCGAAAAUCAUCCAGGCAUUAAAAAGCGACGUAAGGAAGAAAUGAAGGAGGCCUUCAUCGAGCACGGUUUGAUACCUCAUUAUCUACAUGGUCUUCCUCGGCGCGAUUUACAGGUGGAGUUUAAGGGUGGUAAAAAAGCUAAUUUUGGAAACGUUUUAAAACCAUCACAGACACAACAAACUCCGUAUUUACAGUGGUCAGCAGAUCCAGAUCACUAUUACGCCGUUAUCAUGAUCGACUUUGACGCACCUGACGCCGAGCAUCAUGCGUGGAGAGAGUGGUUACAUUGGAUGGUUGUCAAUAUACCCAGUUUUGAUGUGGAAGCUGGGGAUAUCUUGACUCAGUAUCUCGGCCCAAAUCCAGGAGCUAAUACAGGCUUCCAUCGAUAUAUUUUCACAGUGUUUAGUCAAGGAAAUGAUACCAUCAAGUUCCAUGAACCCCUAAGAGUGAGGAGUGACCUGGAGAGUCGGCAAAACUUCUCAACCUACAAAUUUGCUGAAAAAUACAAGCUCGGACCAGCACCGUGGGCUUUGAAUUUCAUACGUGUUCAGUACAGUGACAAUAGUGUCGAACCAUACGAUGAUCAAGUCGAAAUCAUAACCGAGAACGUGGAUCCAUUCGAAAGCGACCAAGAUGAGGAUGAAGACGAAUGAUUCAGACACGGGCCGCACGGGUGCGCUGAGCACCAUUCAAAUCAUAAUCCGUCAUGAAGUCAAAAAUUAUACUAUGAUAAUAUGGAUACCUACUGUAUAUCGACGGUGUAAAUCCGUAACCACGUAUCUCGGUUUGUGUACUUUCUUCUCUCUGUGUAAAAUAGUCUGCGAAAAUUUCAAAUAUCAACGUCGAUUUAUUUUCUUUUAAGGGAAUGAAACAGGAUCGGAGAUUUUCAAAACACCACAAACGAGAUACGUGGUUGCGGACUUGCACCGUCACCGUCAGUGUUGUACGUAUCCUCUAGUCUACAUGCAAGUAUGGUUGAUUAGUAAUUACGUUUAUUUAGAGGUGAUUUUAACAUCUGGGUCAUUAAGACUUAGAGGAGAGAUCAAAAUAGUAUUGAAUAGAAUUUAAAAUAUUUAAAAAGUAGGGGUUACAAAAGGGUAGUACCUACACAAAAUUAAGUUAUAGGACCAGGGCCGGGUUUACAUACAUACUUGCCGCCCAUGGGCUGCUUUUAUUUUGCCGAACCCUUCUCAUUCAUUCGGGAACAUCAAUAAAAACGAACAGGGGAGGGGUGCAUAUAAUUAUCAAAUCACA